GGAAAAGCAGCCAACAAGUGCUCAGCAUAUGUGGAAACUCCUUCAAGACUGUUGGAAAGUAUUCCAGGUGAAGCUGGUUGAGAGUGCCAAGAGUGUGCAAAGCUGUCAUCAAGGCAAAGGGUGGCUACUUUAAAAUAUCUCAAAUCUGAAAUAUAUUUUAAUUUAACACUUUUUUGGUUACUACAUGGUUCCAUAUGUGUUAUUUCAUAGUUUUGAUGUCUUCACUGUUAUUCUACAAUGUAGAAAAUAUAGAAAAACCCUUGAAUGAGGAGAUGUAUAUGAUAUGUACCCGUAUCUAUUCCAAAAUCUUUGGGUCUCAAUUUUGCUUGAUGUUAGGGAGGGGAACUUAGUUUAAAAUAGCCAAGGAGAAGGGGGUACAUUUUAAGAGACGGACAUGUCUAAAGAAAAACACAAAUGAACUGUCGGUCAGUCAACCGUUUGCUUAAAUUGAUUAAUUUGGAUUUAUUUAUGAAAUGUUUAGACGUUUAGUCUCGGGAGAGUUAUUUAUUCUAAAGUGGAGACUUUCGCAGUCGUCGAAAUGUCAGAGGUUACUGUCGUGCAACUCCGUUAUCGGUCCCGACCGUGGACAGGACCUGUCGAGAGAGGAGCGAACUGUUCCGACCGAACGGACGUGUUCCUCAAACUCACAGGUUCCUUCCCGACCUGAGAAACAGAAACGGGUGUGUAAAGUCAUAUUGGACCAUUUUGACCAACAGUACGGCCAAGAACUUGGUCCCCUAUGGCCGUCUGCAAGGGCUGUGUUGUUGAACCCUGGGGGCUGGCAGUAUGGUGUGAUGCUCAACCUCCCCUCUCCUCCUGUCUCCUACAGGGCUGUGUUGUUGAACCCUGGGGGCUGGCAGUAUGGAGUGAUGCUCAACCGCUUUACUGAUGUGUCAGACGUCAAACGGCGCCUCCAAGGGCAAGGCUUCAUCAGCCUACUACCCCACACAGACCCGCCUCUCAUCUCCUCUCUCCCCCAGCCUCCCCCUACCUCUCCCACUCAGCCUCCCCCUACCUCUCCCACUCAGCCUCCCCCUACCUCUCCCACUCAGCCUCCCCCUACCUCCCUCCCCCAGCCUCCCCCUACCUCCCUCCCCCAGCCUCCCUCUACCUCUCCCACCCAGCCUAGCUCCAUCCCUCACCCCGGUCCUCCUCUCCCUCCCUCCCUGCAGUGUUUCAUCCACCCCUCCCCAGUGCGUUACCCCGGUCCUCCUCACCGCCGGGGCCAGUUGAAACCCUACUUCCUGCUGAACGCUGCCUCUCUGCUGCCUGUCUUGGCCCUGGGGGUGGAGGAGGGGGACAGGGUCCUGGAUCUCUGCUCUGCUCCUGGAGGGAAGGCCUUGGCUAUACUACAGACUGCUGACCCAGCUCUGUUGUGUUGUAAUGAAAUGGACCCACACCGACGUGAUUGGCUGGCCAAAACACUGGAAUCCUUCAUCCCCCAAUCGCUGAGCAGCACUGUCACCGUGUCCAAUCAGGAUGGACGGAUCUUUGGGCAGAGUGAAGCCGGAAUGUAUGACAAGGUGCUGCUGGAUGCUCCAUGCUCUAAUGAUCGUAGCUGGCUGUUCUCCUCUGGACCAGGAGGGGAGCAGCGAGGAGCUGUGAGGUUGAGGGAGAGGGCCAGGCUGCCCACACUACAGACACAACUGCUCAGGUCUGCGUUGGCUGCAGUGCGUCCGGGGGGCGUGGUCGUCUACUCCACCUGCACCCUGUCCCGCUCUGAGAACCAGGAAGUGGUGGAGGCGGUCCUAAACACCUGUCCAGGGGUGGAGCUUCAAGACUUGGAGGAGGAGCUAGCCCUCCCACUCCAGGAACACUUCACCUUCACCCCAUUAGGCCACACCCCCUCGUUAGGCCUCCUUGUGGUUCCACAUCAGGGUCAGACCUGGGGACCCAUGUUCCUGUCGCGCAUCAAGAGGAUUCACUGACUGGUUGAUAGACUCGCUGACUUCCUGUCACGCAUCAGGAGGACUCACUGACUGGCUGGUUGGUUGAUGGACUCGCUGACACGCAUCAGGAGGACUCACUGACUGGCUGGUUGGUUGAUGGACUCGCUGACUUCCUGUCACACAUCAAGAGGACGAACUGACUGACUGACUGGUCGGUUGAUGGACUCGCUGACUUCCUGUCACGCAUCAAGAGGACGAACUGACUGACUGACUGGUUGGUUGAUGGACUCGUUGACUUCCUGUCACGCAUCAAGUGGACUCACUGACUGGUUGACUGGUUGGUUGAUGGACUCGCUGACUUCCUGUCACGCAUCAAGAGGACUCACUGACUGACUGACUGGUUGGUUGAUGGACUCGCUGACUUCCUGUCACGCAUCAAGAGGACGAACUGACUGGUUGACUGGUUGGUUGAUGGACUCGCUGACUUCCUGUCACGACCUCCUGUCACGCAUCAAGAGGACGAACUGACUGGUUGACUGGUCGGUUGAUAGACUCGCUGACUUCCUGUCACACAUCAAGAGGACUCACUGACUGACUGACUGGUUGGUUGAUGGACUCGCUGACCUCCUGUCACGCAUCAAGAGGACGAACUGACUGGUUGACUGGUCGGUUGAUAGACU